GAUACGACAGUCAUGUCUCAGCUAUGUUGCUGGCCAUCAUCAGCAUCCUAGCUUGAAGCUACGUGCCAACUCGAAAUUAGAAGUUAUGUGGGACUUUCUUUACGCUGUGCUGCUCCUCGCCAACUCUCUCGCUGUUUUGAACGAGCAGCGGUUCCUUGUACCAUAUGGGCUAGGAUUUCAUCAACUCUCUAAUGGACAAACGACGCCGCUUAAGGUUCAAGUGGUCGGGUUGAUACAUGCAGUGCAAUAUCUACGUGUGCCGUUGAUCGCCGCCAACAUCGUUACGAUAUUCUUCAAGCUUCUUUUUGCCUAAGCACAUCAUCCGACCUUUGGCAGUGGCGGUAGUCUAAUACGUCUUCGUACGUCUGACUCUCCUGAAUCCCGAUGCCAGUGACUGGUGAACGACUUAUUCAGCUGUCUAAGACUUACCAACCCCUGAACAGUGCUCUCUGUAGUAUUUCCUAGAAGCGCUUAUGGUACCCCAAUCCUGCCCUCUCAGAUGGGAUAGCUGCCCUUCAGUUUACUGGAGGAAUACACCGGAGAGAUUACAAGCAUCUAGGAGCUUCGAAUGCAUGAGCAAUUUUCGGGGUACAUGCUUCAUUCAUCUUGUUAUUGGGCCUGAUUCUACAGUAUGCCUCUAGCCUCA